AUGCUGUUCAGAGAGGCGAUGACGAGCGCGAGCAGGGCAAUGCUACAAAUCGCCCAAGCUCGUGACAAUGGCAGCAGGAGUGGGCAACAUGGGCCAGCUAUCAAGCGAGCGAUGCCGUCGAACCAGCUGAACGUCUCUGAAUGUACGCAGCCUGUCCAGAGCUCGUCACGAUACGUUAACGUAGCGAGGUUGACAGACAUCUACCGGCUCACAACAUCUCGUCUCGUCUCGUUUGCCCCUCGUCAGAUCAUCAUGAUCGAGCGAAGUGAUCUCGAGCAUGAGAAUUGCUGGCAUGUCAGCAAGACAGUAUAUGCUCAACGUGUCGCCGACUCUGAUGCUAUGUUUGGAACAGACUUUGCAGGGCUCAGGAAGCAUGGAAUGCAUCGCCCAUAG